AUGCAACAAGCAUUUUCAAAAUUAAAAUUAAAAAGUAAAGGUAAUGAUGUACCUCAAGCUGAUCCAGCUUUAACUCCUGGUCAACCACCAAAUACAAAACAAAUUUAUCAAUCAAGAUUAAAUUAUGGAGUUAAUUUUGGAUCAAGUUUUGUUUUAGAAAAAUGGAUAUUUUCAGAUUUAUUUUCGGAAACUCAAGGUGAUACUGAAUUAGAUGCUGUUUCAUCAUUAGUUCAAAAAAAUGGAAUUGAUGAUACAAGAUCAAAAUUUGAAAAUCAUUGGAAUAGUUAUGUUAAUGAUGAUGAUUGGAAAUGGUUAGUUGAUAAUCAAGUUACUUCAAUUAGAUUACCAAUUGGUUAUUGGGAAGUGGAUGGUGGUAGUUUUACUUCAGGUUUCAAAUUUGAAAAAUAUAAAGGAGUAUAUACAAAUGCAUGGUCAAUUAUUAAAUCAAAAUAUAUUGAACCAGCUUUAAAUAAUAAAAUUUCAAUUAUAAUUGAUAUUCAUGGAUUACCAGGCGGAGCUAAUAAUUCAGGUCAUUCAGGAGAAUCUGGAUCAGGAGGUGAUUUUUGGAGUGAUAAUAAAGCCCAAGUUGCAAUGGCUAAAAUGCUGGCUUGGAUUGCAAAUGAUUUAAAAAAUUAUGAAAAUAUUGCAGGUAUUCAAUUAGAUAAUGAAGCUGAAUUUGCUGAUCCUGCAAAGAAACAAUCUACUUAUUAUGCAGCAGCAGCUACUGAAAUUAGAAAAAAUGACAAAUCAAUUCCAAUUAUUAUUUCAGAUGGUUGGUGGCCAGAUCAAUGGGUUAAAUGGAUUCAAGGAGAACAAGGUGAUGAUGGCUAUAUUGGAUUUGUUGUUGAUGAACACGUUUAUAGAUGUUUUUCAGAUUCUGAUAAAUCAAAAUCAGCUGAACAAAUUAUAGAUGAUUUAAAUAAAGAUGUCUUAACUAAUUUAACUGAUAAUGGUAAAGGAGUUGAUUUUAUUAUUGGUGAAUGGUCAUGCGUUUUAGAUCAACAAACUUGGGAUAAAACUAAAGGUAAUAGAGAUGAGUUAGUUGUCAAAUAUGGUCAAACACAAUUACAAAUAUUUGAUCAACGUUCAUCAGGUUCUUAUUUUUGGACUUUUAAAUUUCAAUCAGGUAAUGGAGGUGAAUGGGAUUUCAAAACUAUGACAAAUAAAGGAGCUUUAAAACCACCACCAAAACCUCAAAAUCCACCAUCAAAUGAUCAAUUAAAUCAAGCAUUAGAUAAUGCUUAUAAUAAUCAUGUCAAUUAUUGGAAACAACAAGAUCCAAAUGGUAAAUAUGAACCAGAAUUAUUUAAAGACGGUUUUAGUAUUGCUUGGAAAGAUGCUGAUGCAUUUGCAAAAUUUAAUGGUUCAAGAAUUGGUAGAAAAGAAGCUUUAAAAAGAUCAAGAUUAUUAGAAACUAUAAAUUCAAAAGGAUCUUCUAAAUUUUUUUGGGAAUGGGAACAAGGUUAUGAUGAAGGUAUAAAAGAAUUUUAUAAUAAUACUUUAUAG